UUUGAUGUUGUUUUUGUUCCCUGGGUGGAGAAGCCUUCUAUAUUGAGGAUAUCACCUUAGCUGUCUUUCUAAAAGAUGAAUCUAAUCACAGUGAUGCUCUGAUUUAAAACCUUCCAUUUGUCCACAGGAUAAUAGGUACCACAGGUCCUUCACAGUCUUGCCCUGCCCUUAUCAGCCUUGUAUCAUCUACAUCAACCUUGAACCCUAGCAUUUCCCUGAUGUCUGUUAGAACUAGCUAUUUAGAAAAGUGGUUUAAAAAAUUGAGCCUCUAGAGCCAGAAACAUGGGUUCCCCCUCUGGCCCCACCACUUACAACCGUGCGCAUAAACCUUGGACAAGCUAAUUAACUUUUCUGUAUUUCACUCUCCUCACCUGUAUAGUAAGGAAAACAAAACGCUCACUCAGGAGGGGUUGUCACCAAGUUUAAACUCGGUAAUAAAGGGAGCAGUGUCUCUCCUGUAGCGAUCACGCCAAAUACUAGUUGUAUUGUUUUGCAAAAUUCUGCUCAUCCUGUAAUGAUAUUUCCUCUUUGGGAAAGCUUCCUGAAAUCCCUGGAAUUAAUUGUGCCUUCCUUUUCUUCUCUCCUUUUCUGCUUUUACAUAUUGUCAUGCGGCGUUUUUGCCCGCCGUAGAGCUUUUGUGGCACAGCGUUGUGGUUGGCUCACGGUUGGCACACGCGCGUCCAGGGGCCGCCUCUCCCGUUCCUGCGCUCAGAGUUCGCCUUGGUCCACUCGGGAACGCCAUUCCCGCUGAGACCUGCUCCGCGCAGUCCUUGAACUUGGCGUGCGGGGAGCCCGUCUGCCUCCGGUGCUCACUUUGCAUUCCUUUUGGAAACACCAGGAAUGGUCAUUUCUGCUUUGCAGGACCUCGGCACGCAGAAGCUAAGGAGAAUCUUAUGUAGAUAAAGUGAGGCCUCUCUGUCCUUUCACGUUUGGGGACAUCUGCAUUUCUCCCUGCACAAGGAGUUGUACGCAGCACCAUCAUGAACGUGACAAGUUUAUUUUCCUUCACAAGUCCAGCUGUGAAGAGACUUCUUGGCUGGAAACAGGGUGAUGAGGAAGAAAAGUGGGCAGAGAAAGCCGUUGAUGCCCUGGUGAAAAAACUGAAGAAGAAGAAGGGUGCCAUGGAGGAACUGGAAAAGGCCUUGAGCUGCCCGGGCCAGCCCAGUAACUGCGUCACCAUUCCCCGCUCCCUGGACGGCAGGCUGCAGGUCUCCCACCGGAAGGGGCUGCCGCAUGUCAUCUACUGCCGCGUGUGGCGCUGGCCCGACCUGCAGAGCCACCAUGAACUGAAGCCCCUGGAAUGCUGCGAGUUUCCCUUCGGCUCCAAGCAGAAGGAGGUGUGCAUCAACCCCUACCACUAUAAGCGCGUAGAAAGCCCUGUUCUUCCUCCAGUACUGGUUCCAAGACACAGUGAAUACAAUCCUCAGCACAGCCUCUUAGCGCAGUUCCGCAACCUAGGGCAGAACGAGCCUCACAUGCCACUCAACGCCACCUUCCCGGAUUCUUUCCAGCAGCCCAGCAGCCAUCCGUUUCCUCAUUCUCCCAACAGCAGUUACCCCAACUCUCCUGGAAGCAGCAGCAGCACGUACCCUCACUCUCCGACCAGCUCAGACCCAGGAAGCCCCUUCCAGAUGCCAGCAGAUACGCCCCCACCUGCUUACCUGCCCCCUGAAGACCCUAUGACCCAGGAUGGCUCUCAACCCAUGGACACAAAUAUGAUGGCGCCUUCUCUGCCCUCAGAAAUCAACAGAGGAGAUGUUCAGGCAGUUGCUUAUGAGGAACCGAAACACUGGUGCUCUAUUGUCUACUACGAGCUCAACAAUCGUGUGGGCGAAGCGUUCCACGCCUCCUCCACGAGCGUGCUGGUGGACGGUUUCACCGAUCCUUCCAACAACAAGAACCGCUUCUGCCUCGGGCUGCUCUCCAACGUUAACCGGAAUUCCACCAUCGAAAACACCAGGCGGCACAUCGGGAAAGGAGUUCAUCUUUAUUAUGUUGGAGGUGAGGUAUAUGCCGAAUGCCUCAGUGACAGUAGUAUUUUUGUGCAAAGUCGGAACUGCAACUACCAUCACGGAUUUCAUCCCACUACUGUUUGCAAGAUCCCGAGUGGGUGUAGUUUGAAAAUUUUUAAUAACCAAGAGUUUGCUCAGCUACUGGCACAGUCUGUGAACCACGGCUUCGAGACGGUCUAUGAGCUCACAAAAAUGUGUACUAUUCGCAUGAGCUUUGUGAAGGGCUGGGGAGCAGAAUACCACCGCCAGGACGUUACUAGCACCCCCUGCUGGAUCGAGAUCCAUCUGCACGGCCCCCUCCAGUGGCUGGAUAAAGUUCUUACCCAGAUGGGCUCACCUCAUAACCCUAUUUCAUCUGUGUCUUAAACGCCUCAGGCUUCUGCCUCUGGAAAACUAUUGAGCCUUGCAUGUACUUGAAAGAUGGAUGAGUCAGACAACCAUCUGAACUGACAAAGGAGCCUUGACAAUACUUGACCUCUGUGACCAACUGUUGGAUUCAGAAAUUGAAAAACCGGGGUAACACACUGUUGAUAUCAAGAACCUGUUUAGUUUACAUUGUAACAUUGGAUUGUAAAAUCAACUAAAACGCAUACUUUUUAGCAGGACUUUGUGUAUAGUUAAAGGAGAGAAGGCCAAGCCAGGGACAAAUCACCUAUUGGAAAAACGAUCCUAAAAGUCUUUUGUGUUUGGCACUUUAAGAUCAUCAUUUGGCAGAAGUUAAGCAUUAAUAGUCUUUCUGACGUGUGUUUUUAUCAGGUUUAGAGCCUGCGUGGAGUCUUCUCUUCGUGGGUUUUCAUAAUAUUUUAAAACUAUUCGUUUAGUAAAAGUUUUUGUUUGUUUUUUAAGUAAAGGUUAAUCUUGGUGAUAUACAUAGUAAUCUUUCUAAAAUUGUAUGCUGACCAUAAUGCUGUCAGAAUAAUGUUAGACAUACGCUCUUUGCUAAAUAUAUAUGUACAGAAUAUUUGAAAGUUAAGAAUUGAUUAGACUAGUGGGUUUAGGAGUAUUGAAGGGGGCGGGGGGAGAGGGAAACGACAGAUGUAGAAUAUACUGUAAAAAUUCAGUUUGUUGCUUUAAAGAAACAAACUAAUGUCUGAAUUUUGCUGUGUUUCAAUUUUUUAGAGAUUUUAUCCCUUUUUUUUUUGCAUCUUCUAUCUCAUCCUCUCCCAAAAAAAAAAAAAAAAAGUUAUGCAGCUGGUUAAUUCAUGUAACUGUGAGAACAAAUGAAUAAUUCCUUCUAUUCUGAAAUUGACUGCCUAUGUACUUCAAUACCAGUUGAAUGGAGUUGCUUGAAUUUAAUAAGGAGCUUUUAUGGAGUUUACAAUACAGAAGUAGGCUUUAAUUUUCAAGUGAAUUAUUUGCCAAACCUAGUAACCCUGUUAAAUAUUUGGAGGAUUUAAAGAACAUCCCUGUUUAAACCAAUUUCAAACUUAAAAAAAAUUUUUUUUGUACUAUGUUUGGUUUUGUUUUUCUUCUGCUAAUCUUUUAUAUUCACUUACGCUCUCAUACAUUGAGUACUUUUAUUCCAAAACUAGUGGGUUUUCUCUACUGGAAAUUUUAAAUAAACCUGUCAUUAUUGCUUACUUUGAUUAAAAA